AUGUCUUCCGGUGAAUUUUUUAACUACCCCGGCACCGAGACCAAUGCCGAACAGUACCACUACUCCCAAGCUGUCAAGCUCGGCAACUUUGUCAAGACGUCCGGCCAGGGAGGCUGGGACGCUCAAGGCCACAUCAUCUCGGACCUCCCAAAGCAAAUUGCCGUCGCUUUUGAGAACGUCCUCAAAGCUCUGCAAGCUGUCGAUUCCCGAAUGACCUACGACAACAUCUUCGCCAUCCGUUCAUACCACCUUGAUAUGGAUUCUAGCUUCGACGUCAUGACGGCCCAAUUCAAGAAGCUAUUUCCCAACCACCGCCCCGUGUGGACAUGUAUUCAGAUCGGAAAGCUCGGAUUGGAGGGUAUGCGAGUUGAGAUUGAGGUGGAGGCUACAAUUCCUGCUUAG